AGCUAUAAUUAUAUAUAAACUGACAAACCCUUCUAACAAUUACUUCGAUAGUAGUUCUGGCACAAUUAAUCAACAUGGGAGAAGAAUCAGGGUAUCGGCCAUUGUUAUUCGGACCCGACUCCCGUCUUCCAGAUUUGUCAUCUGUUGCAAUUGAAGAAUUCUUGGAGCACGGGCCUGUGCCUUUCCGAUGGUGGCCGCGUCUUGUUGCAUGGGAAUCAAGGCUCCUUUGGCUCCUAUCUGGCUCAUCAAUCAUUGUUUCCGUGGCCACUUUCAUGCUUAGUUUCGUGACCCAGAUGUUUUCGGGGCAUUUGGGUGCAUUAGAGCUUGCUGGGGCAUCCAUUGCCAAUGUUGGGAUUCAGGGUCUUGCUUAUGGAAUAAUGUUGGGAAUGGCCAGUGCCGUGCAAACAGUCUGCGGCCAAGCCUAUGGAGCCAAAAAGUACUCUUCAAUGGGCAUCAUUUGCCAAAAAGCAAUUAUAUUGCACUUGGGAGCAGCUUUCCUCCUCACAUUCCUUUAUUGGUUUUCGGGACCAGUGCUGCGAGGUAUAGGGCAAUCUGACAGCAUAGCAGAGCAGGGCCAGAUUUUCGCUCGUGGCCUGAUACCUCAGCUAUAUGCAUUUGCAUUAAGCUGCCCUAUGCAGAGGUUUCUCCAAGCUCAGAACAUAGUAAACCCUCUAGCAUACAUGUCUGUUGGGGUAUUCCUGCUCCACAUUCUUCUUUCGUGGAUCGUUGUUUAUGUGCUGGAAUACGGUCUCCUAGGAGCAGCUCUAACACUAAGUUUCUCUUGGUGGUUAUUUGUCAUCAUAAAUGCGCUUUACAUUGUCCUGAGCCCAUCUUGCAAGGAAACCUGGACUGGCUUGUCUAUCAGUGCUUUCACAGGAAUAUGGCCUUAUUUUAAGCUUACAGUCUCCUCUGCUGUCAUGCUUUGUUUGGAGAUAUGGUACAGCCAAGGACUGGUGCUUAUAUCAGGACUUCUCCCUAAUCCAACGAUAUCACUGGACUCUAUUUCUAUUUGCAUGAACUACUUGAACUGGGACAUGCAAUUUAUGCUAGGCCUAAGUGCUGCUGCCAGCGUUCGAGUAGGCAAUGAGCUUGGAGCAGGUCAUCCAAAAGUAGCGAAAUUCUCGGUGAUAGUGGUGAAUGCCACUAGCAUAAUUAUUAGUAUAAUUUUCAGUGCAAUCGUUCUGAGUUUUCGAGUUGGAUUAAGCAAACUCUUUACAAGCGACUCUGCGGUUAUAGAUGCAGUUUCUGAUUUGACUCCCCUGCUUGCUAUCUCCGUUUUUUUAAAUGGCAUUCAGCCUAUACUCUCAGGUGUGGCCAUUGGGAGUGGAUGGCAAGCUAUCGUAGCUUAUGUUAACCUAGCCACGUAUUAUGUAAUUGGCCUCCCAAUUGGAUGUGUUCUUGGCUUCAAAACCAGUUUAGGAGUUGUUGGGAUUUGGUCGGGGAUGAUCACAGGAGUUUUCUUGCAAACAGUAACUUUAAUUAUGCUUACUGUCAGAACAAACUGGAAUGCUGAGGUUGAAAAGGCAGCAGAACGUUUGAAUACUUCAGCUAACGAAGAGUUCUCCAGUUUGGUGGAUACCAAUUAGGCUGCAUUUUGACGGUGUCUGAAGAUAAAAUGAACAAAUACAAAGAGAAGAGAUACAGACAUAUCUGGAGAAAAUAAAGAGUAGCCUGAGUAUCUUACAGACAUUUCCAUAGAUUCCCACUUUUCCUUUUUUGUUUCUCUUUCUGCUUUUCAAAAUCCAACAAUGCAGUGGGUGAUUUUAAGACAUCCUGAGCCCAACCCAUGUAAAAUUAACUGAGAAUAUGGUUGGAUAGACUUGUUUUGUUCCAGCAGUUCA